AUGAGGUAUCUGCUCCGGACCGGAGCUGUGCGAGCUCCUCUUAUUCCUCUUUCAAUCUCAGCGAGGUCGCUUUCUACGACAACUCGACUUGAGAGACAGCCGAGCAAAGGUAAACCUUCUCAUAAGAAGGGAUUUGGAAAGCCCGGUGGCUUCAGAGGCGGUUUAUUGAGCCACGGCCAGGAUCCAAGAUCAAGACUAAGACUUGACCAUGGCAAAAAGUCAUUAGGCCGUCAUGGCGUGUUUCGAUCAGCUGUUUUGUCGAGGUUCGAAAAGGUUAUCGAAAACAUGAGCAGGGCGGCCGUAUCUUCUGCGGGUGUCGGAGAAGAUGAGUUCCAUCGACAAGCAUCAGAGUUCAUGAAUGUGCUAGACAAAUCUUUCCAACUGGCCGAGGAGAACGUGACCGACCGCGCCAAGAAUCCUCUAUUCUGGAAUCUCCGUGACGCAUUUCUCAAUAAAGAUAUGAAGGGUCUUACCAACGAGCUCCAGUACUCCUUCCAGUCAUUCAUCAUCCAACAGAAAUUCUCAAAGGGCUUGGAGGAGAGUCACAAGCGACUACUAGACUUUCGAUUUCCCUACGAAUGGUUCCCGGCGACGAGAGCGAUGCAGCGAAAGAUUCAUGUCCACGUUGGACCGACAAAUUCUGGCAAGACGUACAGAGCGCUCAAAGCUCUCGAAGCUUCCAAGAGAGGAGUCUAUGCAGGACCCUUGCGUUUGUUGGCGAACGAGGUCUACCAGCGCCUAACAGCCAAGGGAUUGCCAUGUGCGCUGCUGACAGGAGAGGAAGUGCGGGUACCCUCAGAUACGGAUACGUACUUUACGAGUUGUACGGUGGAGAUGGUUCCCGUCAACGAACAAUUCGAUGUGGCUGUCAUUGAUGAGAUCCAAAUGAUAGCAGAUGAAGACCGAGGACAAGGUUGGGCGACAGCUUUGUUGGGUGUUCAGGCGAAGGAGGUCCACCUUUGUGGCGAGGAGCGAACCGUCAAGCUGAUUGAGAGCAUCUGCGCAUCCAUCGGCGACGAGUGCAUUGUGCAUCGAUACGAACGUCUGAGUCCCCUAGAGCCCAUGGAAAAUGCUCUCAUGGGCGAUUACGGAAAACUUGAAAAGGGUGACGCUGUUGUCGCUUUUAGUCGUCUGAACUUGCACGCCCUGAAGCUCACGAUCGAGAAAAAGACGGGACGGCGAUGCGCCAUCAUUUACGGAUCUUUGCCCCCUGAGGUGCGCGUCCAGCAGGCAGCUUUGUUUAAUGACCCCGACAACGACUACGACUUUAUUGUAGCCAGUGACGCUAUCGGCAUGGGUCUGAAUCUGGAGAUCCGACGAGUUAUUCUCGAAACAUGUGCCAAAUAUGACGGCAGCCAUAACAGAUUGCUCUCAUACCCCGAGCUGAAGCAGAUUGGCGGUCGAGCGGGCAGAUACAAGACUGCGCGAAAUGCCACUGAGGGAACAGAGAGCGAGGUCACAGAGAUACGCAAGGUUGGCUAUGUCACCACAAUGGAUAGGCAAGAUCUCAAGAUUGUCCGUGAGGCUUUCGAAGCCAAUGUUCCUGAUAUCGAGUAUGCCUACGUCACCCCUCCCGCUUCUGUUGUCGAGCGUUUCUCGACCUACUUUCCCAGCCAGACGCCCCUGUCGUUCAUUCUCAUGCGAAUCAAAGAGUUAGCAUCUGUGAGCAAACUGUUCAGACUCCAUAUAUCUACGGAAAAGCUCGAGAUUGCCGACAUGAUUCAGGAUAUCCCCCUGACCAUUUACGAUCGACUCACGUUUACCAACCUGCCUAUUGCCGCACGCGCUGAGAACGCGGUACCAGUUCUUCGCGCACUCGCCAGCGUCGUUGCCAAGAACGGCAGCGGAGAUCUCCUCUCCAUCAAGGAAAUUCCCCUGGAGAAUCUGGACCUCAACAUGAAGACCUUUGAAAGGAAACCGACUGAGUAUCUCCACAAACUGGAGUCUCUGCACCAAGCCAUCAACCAGUACAUCUGGCUAUCAUACCGCUUCAGCGGCAUGUUCCGAGACCAAGCGCUGGCGUUCCACGUCCGCUCGCUUGUCGAAGAGAAGCUGAUUGAGACGCUGGAGAAACUUGAUUUCACAGAGGGACAUCUAUCCAGCUUCCGAAGGAAGGUCAGAGAGGAGGCUCAGAAGAGGUUUGAAGCGCAGGAGGAGCUAGGAGAGAUUGGGAAGCAUGAUGCGCAGGAGGGAGAGUCAGAUGACACGCCGAUUGGGGACUUGGACUGGAGAGGACCUGCGCAAACGACGUCUGGAUGA